CUACUAAGGCCGCAGACACCCUUUCCGAGACAGGCGCUGCGGAAGAGAAAAAUGGCCUUGAUCUGAAUACUGUCGACGCAAAGGCUGACGAACUGUUCAGUGAUUUUGCGCCAGAGCUAUCGGUAUCCGAGUUCAACCAUGUCAUAUUUGCCAAUAUGCUUGCAGGGCGGGCAGAUGAAGCCGUGCGCGUCUACGAGCUGCUGCUGGACUCUGGGCUGCAGCCAGAUCAGACAACAUUUGCAAAUUUGACAAUUGCGCACGCCAAGGCUGGCGACCUGGAUACUGCAGUGUCCAUGUUCAAGAAGCUUGAGGACCGCGGCUUGGAGCCGACUAUCUACUCGUAUGGAACACUGAUCAAGGCGUAUAUGGAGUUUGACCGGAUUGACGACGCCUUUGGCGUGUACGAGACGAUGAAAACGCGCGAGAUGUGGCCCAACCUGCCAGUCUACAAUAGCCUGAUUGUCGCAUGUCUCAAGGUUGGUGACUACAAGCGCGCGUGGGGAGUGUUCGAGCAUCUGCGGUACACGAUUGCCAAGCCGGAUGAAAUUUCGUUUUCCAUCAUGAUACACGCCUGCGCGAAGAACGGCGAGGUCGAGAAGGCCAUGAAUUUGUUUGAGGAGAUGAUCAGCAACAAGCUAGCCCUCUCCGAUGUUACCUUCAACUCGCUCAUCCACGCGUGCGCGCUGCGUCCGGACUACUUUGACGAGGGAUUCCGCCUGCUGCAGCUCAUGGAGGCCAACGGGUUCCAACCGGACUUUUACACGUACAACACUCUCAUCUACGCCUGCGCGCGAAAGAAGAACCUCGGGCUGGCGCGCGAUCUGUUCCGCGACAUGCUGGAAAAGUCGAUGGACCCGAGGAAGCAAGGCCUACUCAAGAUCGAUCCAGUGACAAUUUCCAACAUGAUGUGGGCGUAUGCCGGCUAUCUGUACACAGUAAAGACCUGCUCGUGGAAGAUGGCCCGGAAGUACGAGACUCUGGCGAUGGAUGUUCUACAGGAGAUCAAAGCUGAAAGCGAUUCAGGCGAGCCUGACGGCUAUAUCGGGCAGGCGCUCACCAAGGCAGACAAGAGAUUCGGCGCCAACACGGCAUUCUUACGGCUGGUCGAUGCUCAGGAAAGGGCUGCGCAGGCAACACGGGAUAUCCAGGACACUAUGGACAAAGAUAUCCCCAAGGAGGCGCGCGACCAGCAGCGCAUGUCGCUGAUCAACACGCUGAUGCCCGAAGAUGUCCCCAGCGCCCACAACAGUGUCGGCUCCGAGGCCGCUCGCCUGAUGAGGUUCUACAUGGACGUUCUUAAGGGCAAUGUGAAUGCGCAGCUUCUGAACGCCUACAUAUCAGCGAUGAUCUGCAACGGGCGCUUCCGCGAUGCCUGGAAGAUCUUCCUCCACGACUUUGACAAAUACAAUGUUUCCAAGGACGGAUGGACGUUCCAGCGUAUGAUCCGUCUCUGUGCGCGCACACGCGAUGUACCCAGCGGGUGGCGGGUCUGGGACGAGUUUAAGGCGUGGCGCGCCGAUGUGGAGAAGGCGCUCAAAACGCCUGGCCACGAGCAGCUCAAGCGGUCUCAGACUAUGGUCUACCGCUCAGCCACUGACGGAGAUGCUGUGGACAAGGAUGCAGCUCCUGGUGCGGAGGGCGAUGCUGCAGCGCUGAAUCGUGCUAGCCAGGACAUGUUGGCUCUGGCCGAGGGCCUUGUUUUUCCUGGAGAAAACGUGAUUCCGCAAGUCGUGGCUGGCGGAGCAAUGGCUGUUUUGCCAUCGGACCGCGAGACUGCGCGCAAGCGGAUCGGCUGUGGCAUGAAGGCUGAGCAUGCAACGUACAUUGAAAUGAUCACCUUGCUCGGCAGCUGCGGCGACUUCCGCGCGGCGAUCAAGCUGAUCCGCGAGGAAAAGAACGAUAUUCUGGAGCACAAGCACAAUCCCACGAUGGAGGAUGUUAGCAGCCUGUACCAGAACGCCUUGGUCGCUGGCGACAAACAUUCAACUUUGGAUAUCCGCGGCCUGUGUAUGCAGAAGCCCGCGCAUUCGGCGCGUAGAGCCCUGCAUCGCAAGUGGGGCACGUCCUUCAGCUGGGAUCUGACCGACCCUCAACAAAAGUCGCUGAGCCGGCGGUUCCCCGAGGAGUUCCGGCGGCACAAGGCGCCCUUCAAAGACGGCGAGCAGGUUUUGGUGAGCAACCGCCGCUGAAUCAAUGAAAUAUGAUCAUAAUUGGAUAUGAUAAUAUAAUAAUUUGAGGAUAUUUGAAGGGAAAAAUAGGAAAAAAUAAUCAGGACAUGAAGCUAUUCACGGCACAACACAUGGCAAUGAAUGCAGUGAUUGCAAACGUG